CCCUUCAGUCAUUGGCGUCUUCCUGCAUGUGUACUGUGUACGUGUAUUAUGAUACAUUCAUGUGUAACGUGCCUCGGCGAAGCAAGGCACAAGUGGGUACAAGGCAAGGAAAGGAUGAAGCAACAAUGUCAAGCGAAACGACGACGUCGUCGUUUGCUGGUCACGGAAGGGGGAAAAUAUGGGGGGAAACCGGUGCGUUACGCGGCUGAUCGGAACGCACACAUGAGUGUCAAUCGACUCAGCAGUCCAGCCUCGGCGGUGUUCAGAGGCGUAGGUGAACGAGCGGCGGCAGCGCGUUUGGAGCACGUCUAGCGGCUUUGAAUCCGCGCCGAAGAUGGAUCUGACCGGCCAGAAGCAACAGCAGCGAUUGCUGGCGAGCGCGUGCCGCGGCCCGUUACCGUUUCCACGCAGGCCAUGGAUGAGCGAAACCGGCGUCGCCGCCGCCGCCGCCUCUGGCAACCUGGGCCUCAAAGGGGUCAUAGCCGGUGGUAUUACCGGGGGCAUAGAAAUUUGCAUCACAUAUCCCACUGAAUACGUCAAAACGCAACUGCAGCUGGACGGAAAAGCUGGCGCUGGUAAAGAAUACACAGGAAUAUUCGACUGUGUCACCAAGACUGUCAAGACUCGCGGAUUCUUCGGCUUGUACAGAGGCCUGUCGGUUCUGCUUUACGGUUCGAUACCGAAGUCGGCGGUGCGAUUUGGCGCUUUUGAGUCAGUGAAGAAACAAUUGGUGGACGCGGAUGGAAAGCUCAAUCCGCAGAGACGACUUCUUGCCGGUCUCUGCGCUGGUGUAUGCGAAGCUAUUUUCGCGGUUACUCCGAUGGAAACGGUUAAAGUGAAAUUCAUCAACGAUCAACGAUCGGCGAAUCCGAGAUUCAAGGGAUUUUUCCAUGGAGUACGCUUGAUUGUGAAGGAACAUGGCUUUAAAGGAGUGUACCAGGGAGUAAUGCCCACAAUCUUGAAGCAAGGAUCCAAUCAAGCUAUCCGUUUCUUUGUGAUGGAGACGUUAAAAGAUUGGUACAAAGGGGGUGACAAUACUAAAAGCGUUCCUAAAAUUGUGGUUGGUGCAUUUGGUGCAGUUGCUGGUGCAGCAUCAGUUUUUGGAAACACGCCUAUUGAUGUCAUAAAAACUAGAAUGCAGGGAUUGGAAGCUUCGAAGUACAAGAGCAGCAUGGAUUGCGUGGUUCAAGUGUGGAAAAAAGAGGGUCCAAUGGCAUUUUACAAAGGAACCAUUCCGCGAUUGGGCAGAGUAUGCUUAGACGUUGCCAUAACAUUCAUGAUAUAUGAUUCCUUUAUGGAACUUUUCAACAAAGUAUGGCCUUAGGUCUGUCGCAUUUUGUAUAUACAUCUACACGAUACAUUCUCUCAGAUUUUACAAAUAUUGUUUUCAAUGUUGACGUACUUUUUACAAAGCAUAUUUUUACAAUGUACUUUUUAUGAUUAGAUUUUAUUUAUAUUUUUAUUUAAGAUGGGGAUAUACGACGAGAGAACGUUGCAAUGGCAAUGACAAUAUUUAUAAAAAAAAGAUUAUAAUAGUGCAAAUGUUAUGAAUGCAUUUUUUUGACAAAGAUUAAUUUUAUGAUACGAAAAAGGAUGCAAACUUUUAUUUUACAUUUUUGGUUAAUCGUGUGAUAUUACUACCUCCGAUUCUAGUUGCAUUUGUGUGAUGCAUAAAAAUUAACUGUUUUAUUGAAUUGUGUCGUGAUUUACUUUAACAUUAUAGAAUAAUACACAACAACGUUACAUUCCUGCAAUCUCAGUCCAAAAUACGAGAAUAUGAAGUCUUUAUAUGAACUUCUAAAGUGUGAGAAAUAAUAUAUAACAAUUGUAUAAGCUACAAUAUAUAGAUACAUAUGUCACAAUACAUGUAUUUAUACAUAUAGAAUAUAUUUAUGUACAAUUUUGUACAGAGAGAGAAACAUAACAGUAAUUGACAGAACAAGGAAAACCUGCCAACGAUUUUAAUUUAAAUUUCUCGAAUUUUCGAGAGUUAUAUCAAUGUUAUAGAGGUAAAUAUGGAAAAAAUGUAUGUUAAUAAAAAAAAUAUUUAAGC